AUGUUGUUGCAUGAUUUGGUCCCAAGUUCAGUCGAGGCAGCUCUACCUUUUACCUCAAAUUACAGUAGACAAGAUCUAUUCUCUGAAUGUGGCGAGGAAGAGAAGGAAGCUCCAAAAAAGUCUGCUAUAAUGUCUUCAAUUGAGCCAGAAACUGAUAAAGCACCAACCAAUGCUUUGAACGGUGAUCCUCGGGUGAUAAAUAUUGACUAUAACAUUGAUGAUGGCGUUAGAGUUCGUACCAUCCCUAUUGAAAACUUUGAGGGACUUGGCUUUUGCAAGCCUAUUGAUUCUGAAUUGCAGUCAACAAGUUCUCAUAAAGAGCUUAUUUCUUCUGUUGUUGCUCAAGUGGGUUCCGUAACCACAAGGAUUAACAUUAGCAACAUUGCAGAGCACCCCGAUUCUGACAUAGAGGUGUCAGGUGACGAUCUCUCAAUUAGAGAACUCUGCACUUCAGUUCUCAGAAGUCAUGGGUUGCUUGCAGGAGAUUGUCCUGUGAGUAAUGAUGCUCCCACAGAAGUUCUGGUAAAUACUAAGAAUGAAAAUUUUUUUCAGUCAUGUGAGCUAUGUGGGAAUUUUGAGAUUGCACUUAAUAUGUUACUCUGUGAUCAUUGUGAAGAGGCAUUUCAUGUAUCUUGCUGCAAUCUAAACAUGGAGAUGUUACCCACUGACUUAUGGUUUUGUCAAUCUUGUUCGAAACUGAAUCACAAUGUUUCACAAGAGACUUCUUUUCUCAAAACACAUAGCAUCAGUUGGUGGAAUGAAAAAUAUAAGUUGAGUCCAAUUGCUUCCAUGUUGAAAUACCCUGAAGCACACACAUCUCGUGUGAGAAUCGGUACAUCUUAUCAAGCAGCAGUUCCUGAAUGGUCUGAUCAGCUUUCCAUGGAUUCUGAUUGCAUCGGUGAGCCACUUGAAAUAGAUCCAUCGCAGACUGUUUGUUUACACGAGUGCCCUCAAGACAAGUCUUCAAAUGCCAAGGCUAUGAGUAAUUGGCUCCAAUGUCGAGAAGUUCUACACGAUGAUGCCAGAGAAGGUGCUGAGGGAACCAUAUGUGGGAAGUGGCGCAGCUCUAGACUGAAGAAGUUUUCAAAUUACAGGGCGCCAUUUUCUGAAGUCCAAACUGAUUACUGGGAUUGUUCUUGCUCUGUUCUUUGGGACCCAUCCCAUUCAGAUUGUGCUGUUCCUCAGGAGUUGGAAACCGAUGAAGUUCUACAACAACUUAAGUAUGUAGAGCAGCUGAGAUCUCGACUUGUUACUAAAAAGAGAAGAAUUCCAUGA